AUGUUUGCUUCAUUAUUUCUCCUAAUAAGCGUGGCUCUCGCUCAUGGAUCUCAUGGCAGCCAUGAAGUCCCCGUUAGACCGCCAGGAAUGACCUGGCAAGAAUGGCACAUGAAGGAAGAACACCAGAUGGACGGUUUCGAUGCAGUGAGUUUCUUCAAAAUGCACGAUCUAGAGAACAAAGGCUACUGGACGGUUGACGACGUUUUGUAUGUUUACGGAUUGACCCGUGACGAGGUUGUUGGCGAUGGCAGUGGUAUGGGGGAACAUGCCCAGGAAGAGAAAGUGUCGCCAGAAGCCAAGGCUCAAGUUAAGAAUGUGGUGAUGGCGCUUUUGGACUCCAACAACGAUGGAACCAUCACUUUGGAGGAGUGGAAGAAGUUUGUGGAGCGCAAGGACGAGUUGCCAGACUUUGGGUACGGUCCAGGCCACCAUAUGGACUUUGAGAGUGAAUAUGAGAACCAUCACUGGAACAAGUACCACAAGAACCAGGACCCAGACGUCCACAUCAAGCACAAGGAAGAUAUCGAGCACGAGCUCUUGCACCAUGCCCACGAGAUCGAGGGCACCCACGGGAACGAUCCUGACAUCAGGAAGAUAGCAAAGGACUUUGCCAGUCCAGUGAAGAUUCACAACGUUCCCCAGAAGUACUUGGCGAAAUAG